AUGGCAGAAUGGAAACAUUUAAUAACCGAAUGGCUUAGUGAAUAUGCAGCAUUAAGAGAAAACGAAGUUAAAAGUUUUGCAGCAGAACAUGAACAUAAUCAUGAGAUUGCAACUGCCAUAUUUAAUUUAUUAUAUGGUGAAGCAGAUAAUGAAAAUCAAACUAUCCAAAAAAGUGAAGAGUCAGAUGAACAAAUGCUAGAAAAUGUUUGUAUACAAUUAUUUAGUUUCUAUAGAUCUAAAGAAGUUGAACUACAAAGAUUUACGCUUCAAUUUGUUCCUACAUUUAUUUAUCGCUAUUUGAGCAUUAUUGCUCAAGGCAAUACAAAAUCUUGUCGGUGUGUAGAGACAUUACUCAUUGGAUUAUAUAAUUUUGAAGUUGUAGAUGAAACUGGAAAACCUAAAGUUGUUUCUUUUAGAUUGCCGUCACUAGCACAGGCUUCAAUCUAUCAUGAGCCACUGUCUCUAGGAUCUCAAUUUCUAACUGAAAGUGCUUUGCGAAGAUGGGAAGAGUGUAAUACGAAAUUAGUUAGUUGGGGGCCUCAUUCUCAAGUAGAUGUCAUUAAUGCACAAAACCGUCUUAAAGUAAUGGCAGCUCUCUUAUUCAUUUAUAACCGUCAAUUGAGCUUAUUACCUAAACUUGCACUAAGACAUUUUUGUAUAGCAUCUUCCAGGAUUGUAACACAAGGUUUUCACAAAAAAAAUGGUGCUUCAGGUGGUAGGUCUAUUCAAAGGAUACCAGUAUCAUCUAAUUUUCUUUUAGAAAUGAUAGAAGGUGCAUAUUUUUCUAUGUUCAAUGAGUUUUAUACUUUGGCAUUCCAAGCUGUGAAAGAUAUAGACAGAAGAGCCCAAUAUGAGCUGCUCCCAGAUGUGAUGUUAGUCACCAGUGCUAUAAUGAAUUCACUAGAAAAUAAUCCUUCUGGUCAACCAUGCGAUGGCCCAAUGGGCAUCAGUGUUGCAUUGUCACCGGCAACUACAACUGUCACUAUGUCAAAAUCAAUGAUCACAAAUGCAUCAUUCCGCACCAAAAAAUUGCCAGAUGAUAUUCCUAUACAAGCUGGUCAAGUUAUGGCUACAGAAUCAGCAGAUAUGUUAACAUCAAUCAUAGAGGAAGCCGAAGCAGAUCCUCCCAUGCAACGUGGCGCCGGUGUACGCAGCUCUAAGCCGAAACUCGCCUCAUUUCCAGUGUUAGGGAAAAAGACAAAAGACGGCAAAGAAAAAACGGAAAAGAAAGUAACAGUAAAAGAUGCUUCCAAGGUUAUAUGGAAUUCACUCAGUGGUGGAGGAGAUAUGACGGAUGGGCCGAAGAAUGCAGAUAAUUUCGAUGGAAAUGGGAGUCUCAAAGAUGAAAUAUCUAUGUCGUCAGUCCACAAUAGUGUAGACAACUCAGAUACAAGAUCCCAGGUGACGACUGACUCCCUGGACAUGGAGACCACGUCCCGCUUCACCGCUAUGCAAGUUAGCUCCGUG